GAACAGCAACACCAUGGAGAUGAUACAGCAGAAAUCAAACUGUUGAAAAAUCGUAUUAGGAAACUGGAACAAGUACAAUCCCGCCAGAGCAUAAAAAGUAAGUAAUUACAGCACAGGAGUAAGUGUGAAGAAAUACCAGCUCCACUUGUCCUGUAAAGCACUUUUCCAAGGGAGGAAUGGAGAGGGCUGAAGAUACAGAACCAGCUGUAUCUAUUUCUCAUAUCCCUUUCAAAGGCAGGGGAAGGUUGGGUUAGGAUACAGACAACACCUAUGAAGAUUUCUGUGCUUUGAAAAUAAGAGUUGAAAUUUGAUAAUUAAAUUUUAAAGUGUCAAUACACCAAUAUCAGUAGCAACUUAUGUACCAUUAUAAAAGUGAUAAACUUACAUGAUCUAAGCAUCAAUUUGAUUAUAAGGAAAAGUGUAAUUGUUUUUCGAGAAGGGGAGGUGGGGUGUGAAAGAUCUUGUGGCAGACUUCAAUAUAACCAGAGACAUUGGAGAACUCAAGAUUUCAGGCUUAGAACUUUUUGGAAACAAUACCGGUUUUGACUUCUGUGAAUGUAUAAAUAUAUUACAAUCAAUGUCAUUCGACAGAGGUUUUAGUCACCACAUUUCUGAGGUCAUCUCUGGCUUCCUUUGAUUUUAUAACUACUGAAAAAUGCGGUUCCUUUAACAGCAAACAGAGAACAUGCUUACCAGAAAGUUUUACUAAAAGGCCAGGUAUGUAGAAUAUUAUCACGUAUGCAGAUUCAGUUGAGGGAACCCUCUUCCAACUCUGGUGUUGUACUGUUUAUUAUUAUUAUUAUUAUUAUUAUUAUCAUUAUCAUUAUCAUUAUCAUUAUCAUUAUCAUUAUCAUUAUCAUCAUCAUCAUCAUCAUUAUUAUUAUUAUUAUUAUUAUUAUUAAUAUUAUAUUGAUUUCAUUAAGCUUGAUUAGAUGGCACCAUAUAUGUGCAUAAGGUAUUUUCUGGGUGGAGGGACCUUAUACAGCCAAAAUCUUAUGAGGAAAAAGAUCUCUGAGGUUAAUUCUCCUAAUCCUUUCUGUCUCAGCCCAGAGUAACUUAAAAGGAAUUUGUAUUUUCGUCAGUGUGAAUUAAGCUAGGGUUAAACACUCGGUUUAUAUUUGUCUCCAGUCAAAAACCUGGGAAGUAGAACCUGUGGAAAAUAAAAUUGAAGAAGCACUUCGUCGUUGGGAUGCGGACAAGAUUGGUAUCCCUGAUUAUGCCUUGGAAUCAGCAGGUUGGUACUUGAUUUAGUGCUGAAAUUUAACACCAACCUUUAUGUCUAAUUCAUCAUGUUCUUUAUUUGGUUGGAAUCACUUGAAAGGUGGUCAGAUACACGGUUCAAAUCAUUCUCCUACCUUUGCUAAUGGAGCCAUUCCUCAAGUGUUAGUGUUUGGUAUAGCUGUGUGGUAUGAAGUCAAGCUACCAAGGGUGAUCAUUCAGGUCAGUAGCAGAGCAGAUAGCGAAGUACUCUAUGGUCUGUUCUCCGGAAGCCUUAGUGUUUCCGAGUUGGCGUGCAUUUACAUGGAUUUCUCAUGAUUUUUAAGUAAAGUCACGAUUUCAGGUUGCUUAGUAGAGUAAUUUACAAAUGAGUCGCGAAAAUUAUUUUAAAUUUUCUGUUAGCUUUACUUCGCCCUAUGUUUGGUCCAGAAAACUCGCGUCAUUCUCUCAACCAAUCAGAUGCAAAAGUAAAACCAAUCAUGCCUUGCUCACUCGCAGCUAGUUCAUUUUUACUUAGCCCUCCCAUUGAUUCCUUGUGAUAUUUUCCCUUGCUCUGAUUGGCUGUGGUGAUAAUUUGGUUUUGUUUCACGAAACUCUGUCAAAAAGUGCUCAAAAGCUCCAAGUUUUGGCAGUCACGCUGUACACGUCUUAAUACAUCGUCAGUCAGCUUGCACCGCGCGAGCAUACAAAUAUUUGUAUUUCAUUUCCAAGAUUUGUUUUGACUUUGUUUUUCUUCGUUUAAUUUUAGCCUGGAAGCACCCCUGGAGAAUGUUGGGCUUUUCAUGGGAGCUCUGGUUUUGUCGUGAUCAAGGUUGAUAUCAAUCGAUGUUUAAUUAUACAUUUUGACAUCUCCAUUUGUUAUUCUUUUUUUUGCUAGUUUGUUGUAGUGAACGUCACUGUUUGCAGCUCGGUGGAACAUGCAACCAAUCACAAACAAUGCAACAACUACAAUACUACAACUACUUACAAUACUACAAUGCUGCAUCAACGCUACAGUUACGUACAAUUAAUGACGGCAUGAUGGUCUUGCAAGUUAGCUUGCAACCAGGCCCUCUUAAUUAGUACUGUAGGACGCGCUUUUUUCCGCCUGCGGGAGGAGUUGAGACGAGCUGGGGAGAGAUUUGUUUGCCGGGGGUCUGAAAUUUCAGUGCUAGCCCUUUUUGUUUUAGGCUUAAUACUUUCUCGCGGGUGAAGAAACACUCGUGCCGAAAUAGGGCCCGCUCGCAGGCCAUGGCCAAUUCAGGCAAUUAAAAACAAACAUUACUUACAAUUCAAUCGUUUACUCACAAUACGUACACAGCAUUCCGACUAUUUAUAUGAAAGUUGGAACAAAUAAAUAACUGAUAGAGAACAAAAAAAUUACUUGUAGUCGAUGAAAUAAUACUUUAUAUUGUUUUUUUUUUACCAGCUUUCCCGUUUGAUCAAACCCACUUCUUUCACAUUGGAACACAUGGCCACAACUUUGUCCCAGUUUGAAGAUCACAGUAUUCCAAGUGCGCCUAAAGAAUUCUCUGUCUGGGUGAGUAAGGAACACAAUCACUUAAGCAAAGCUUGUUUCAAUUCGCAGUGUCACAGAUUUUCACAGAAAUUAUUUAUCCCACACGAAGCGAAUUUUCGGUGCGACUUGUCAUGUGUAAGAUGGUCUGGAAACGCGCUCUACCCUCUCAACCAAUCAAAUGCCAUACUAAGCCCAACCACGACCUGGUCGUCCGCGUUUUCCCGCGCGUUUGUCGGUUUUGUUUUACGAUGAGUUUUCGUUGGCUCUUUACGGUAUUUUGCUAUCUUCUGAUUGGCGGUUAUGAUUACUUUGAUAUUCCUUUAAGGAUACUCAGUCGAAAAGCGUGCUAACAUCGACAAAACCUAAUCUACGUCAAUCCCUCGAUUGCACUUUCCGGGUCCUUAAACUAUGCUGCGGUGAUGUUUGCAAAGCUUUUUUGAGUAUGAUCAGUACAGACUGACACGAAUUCUCAAUUAGUUUGGUUGGUUAUCAACAAUAAACUGUUAAAGGCACCUUAGCCCACCGCAGCAAAUUUUCCACGGCUGACGUUUGGAGAGUGAGCUCUUCCUCAAACAGUCAGCUCUUCGAACAUUCGCUACGGCGGCAACUUUUUGUUUCACUUGUCCAUCACCGCUUCCCAACAGUUUCUUCAUAAACUCAUAACCGCGUUCAUUUGCCUUUCCACAGGGCUGGGCUGAUGCCCGUGGUAGUGAAAAGGUACUAUUGGGCGAGUAUUUGUAUAAUGAUAGAGGACACGCUCUUCAAAAUUUUCCUGUACAGGUGAGGAUAAAAUAGUGCUUCCAAGUUGAUCCCACCGAUGAUCGUUACAGCUGUUACUAAGUACUUGAGUGAUGUUUUUUUUCGCUUUUGGGUUUAGGCAACCACCGUACCAGAAUUUCGAUAUAUUGAGCUCAAAGUGCUUUCCAACUAUGGGAAUCCUGCCUUUACCUGCCUGUACAGAUUUAGAGUGCACGGACUGCCGUACAAAACAGAUAACUGA